GUGUGUUGUAACUUGGUAGACUGUUAGGGAUAGAUUAUGAGCUCAUUUGAUCCGCAGACACACUCUCCUCCACGCUGCAGCCCGCAAUUUCCAAAUAUUGGCCAGGAACCUCCCGAGAUGAACUUCUACUAUGAGAACUUCUUCCAUCCACAGAAUAUUCCUAGCCCACAACGACCUACAAACUUUGAGGCUGUGGACUACAAUACCACUCCCAACCCAUACCUCUGGCUAAAUGGACCCUCCAUUACUCCGCCACCAUACCUCCCAGGAUCCAAUGGCAAUCCCUUCAUCCCUCAGUCCUAUGGGAUGCAAAGGCAGCUCUUGCCAAACAUGCAUGGUUUGGGGGGGACUGACUUGGGCUGGCUUCCUCUCCCUUCCCAAGAGGAGCUGAUGAAGUUGGUCAGACCACCCUACUCCUACUCUGCUCUUAUUGCCAUGGCCAUUCAUGGAGCACCUGAAAAAAGACUGACACUCAGCCAGAUCUACCAGUAUGUGGCCGACAACUUUCCCUUCUAUAAUAAAAGCAAAGCAGGCUGGCAGAACUCCAUACGGCACAACUUAUCUCUCAAUGAUUGCUUCAAGAAGGUGCCCAGAGAUGAAGAUGAUCCAGGAAAAGGGAAUUACUGGACUCUGGACCCAAACUGUGAGAAGAUGUUUGACAAUGGAAAUUUUCGUAGGAAGAGGAAAAGAAAGUCUGACAUUGGAUCCAGCACAGCAUCUCUCACACUUGAGAAAUCUGAAGACAGUGCCUUGAGUAGCAGCCCAAAGGCUACAGAGCACCAAGAUGUCUUGGAAAGCUCCUCACCUGGAACUGACAGUUCACCUGAGAAACGAUCUCCUCCUCCGUCAUCUAGCAGCCCCUGUCUCAACAGCUUCCUCUCCAGUAUGACAGCGUAUGUUAAUGGCUCUAGCUCAGUGAGCCGAUCUGUGCCCCUGGGACUAAGCACCGAGCCCUCUGACAAAAUGGGACAGAACAUGGUAGGCUUUAAUUCAUACUCUCCACUUUCUAAUAUCCCAAGCCAUAGUCUGGGAGAGUGGUCCAAUUCAGUGCCUUCCAGCCACCUUGGCUACAGCAAUUCAGUGCUCAAUCAAUUUAACACACAUUUCUACAACGGUAUUGGUACAAAUACUACUUUGUAUCCUAGGGAGGGAACUGAAGUUUAAAUAAAAAAGAACUGCAAGAAACAGAAGGGAAGGAUGGAUAUUUGAGAGGAAAGCUUCUGAGGUAGAUGGCUAAUGUUAGUGUGUUGUCUCUGGGACCUGCAGUAUAACCUGCUUCAGGGGCAGACCUUAAGUUCCUGAAGUGUCUUGAAGCUCCAAACUUGCUACACAGAAGACUCACUCAAAUUAAAAAAACAGCCAUGUGUUUGACAGUAUAUUUGUGAAAGGCCAGGGCCUAUAAAACAAAAGUAUUGCAAGGGAGUUGUGGGACAUGACUCACACAGCUGCUGCCUGCACUACUCAGAGGUUGUCCUUAAGAAAAUGCCCAUAACAUAGCUCUGGUCUAAACCAGAAUUUUUUGUUGGUACGGUAAUAUCGCUAUGGUAUUUUUAUAGAAGAAAAACCCUAACAUGACUGCAGCUAAGUUAGCUGUGUCUACAGUAAGAAAGGUUGAUAAGACCUAUUUAAUCAAAGUGUUACCUCAGUAUUUGCCAAUACUGUACUUAGUUACUGUGGUGACAUUAGCAGUUUAAUGGCAAGCACCAUUCCUGGAUUCAUUCUAAACGUACUAAAGGUGCCAGCCAAAUUCUGACCUUGUAUAGUGCCCAAAGGGGUGUGAGGCAGAAAGUGACAUUUAUGGUGCUGAAUAUAAAAGUCUUCAUGCAAAAAUUGAAUUGGAAAAUAACUGAAAUUAAGGAUGUUUCUUUUGUAGGAAAAUCAAAUGUAAUGUUUUCAAUUCAAAAUACAGGGUCUAGUCCUGCUGCCUGCACAUAUACAAACUAAUGUCACUGAGCCAACCCACAUAAGGAAAAUAGGAUCAUAGUCUGUGUAUUUUACAUACAUGCUUUUCUGACAGUAAAAUGUUUGUUUCAGAGUAGCACAAUUGUUUGCACUAAACAAAACAGUAGAACCAUCUAUACCUUUAUCUGAAAUAUCACUGAACUUCACCUCAAAGGCUGUAUCUCCCCAUGCAUCAAUUGCAGUCACUGGGAGGGAUGGGGAGUACUUUCUUGGGUUUUUUUAAGUCAAUUAAACAACUGUUAUGUUUAAAUGUAAAUACCAUUGAAAGAUGCACAUUAUUUCUCCUAAUCUUGUAAAUAUUUGUCUACUGUAGUCACAAGAGUUUAAAUAAAGAUUUUGCACCGAAAAGACUCAAUGAAGUUCCAUAUUUACAUAGUGUAACAUCCAAAACUGAACAGUCUGUGACACAGUCUAUUUACAACUGUGCUCUGGCAAGCGCUUCAAGGUGGCUGGGGGCAGAUUAUUGUAUUGUGACAAAUACCGCUGUGUCUUGAAUUUUUUAAAAAGUAUUUUGGUUACAGUUUUGUUACAGGCCAUUCAAGGCAGUGUUUUUUAAUAAUAA